GCUCCUUACUGUGCCCAGGUGUACCUUCAUUUCUCCUUUCUGGAUGGGGGCCAGAGGGCACAGGAGGGUAUAAAGGCGACCUGGAGGGCGCCGGGCACAAGCAGACGCCAGCGAAGACUCUCCCCGCCAGAUCCCUGGGAUGCGCCAGCCAGAGGCCAUGCUGCUGCUGCUCACCCUCGCCCUCCUGGUGGGCCCCACCUGGGCAGGGAAGAUGUAUGGCCCUGGAGGAGGGAAAUAUUUCAGCACCACGGAAGACUAUGACCAUGAAAUCACAGGACUGCGGGUAUCUGUGGCUCUUAUGGUGAAAAGUGUCCAGGUGAGACUUGGAGACUCCUGGGAUGUUGAACAGGGCGCGUCAGGUGGGAAGACCCAGGAAGUCAUCCUGCAGCCAGGCGAAUACAUCAUAAAUGUCGUUGGCGCCUUCAAAGCUUUCCUCCAGGGUAUGGCCCUGUGCACCAACAAUGGCCGCUGCUUCUAUUUUGGGAAUCUUGAUGGGAAUUACUUCUCUGCCUACCCCAGCCAAGAGGGGCAGGUGCUGGUGGGCAUCUAUGGCGAGUAUGGACUCCUUGGCAUCAAGAGCAUUGGGUUUGAAUGGAACUAUCCAGCGGAGCCAACCAUUGAGUGACUCAAAUGACCAUCAAAGGCGUCCAUGGGUCACUAGGUUGAGUUAUGUGGCCACCCAAGCUGAGGCCUACUGGGAGGUGGUGGCUGAUGGUACUGGAGUAACUGAGUCAGGACGCUGAAUCUGAAUCCACCAAUAAAUAAAGCUUCUGCAGAAUCAA